AUGAACUGGACAAUAGUUGAUGCAAAAGGAUCCGGUGUUUCCCGGGGCGAAGCCAGGAGAGUACAGCUUGUGGAGGCAACAGAUCCCACUGUAAAUCCACCCAUGGGUGUUUCCUGUACUGCCUCCAAUUCGUUGUUGAGCAUGGUGAUUAACGAAUCACUCCGUCUAUAUCCGCCAGCAACUGUUCUACCUCGAAUGGCAUUCGAUGACAUCAAACUGGGGGAUCUCCAUAUCCCGAAAGGACUAUCAAUUUGGAUUCCAGUUCUUGCGAUACAUCACAGUGAAGAAAUAUGGGGCAAAGAUGUAAAUGAAUUCAACCCUGAUCGUUUUGCAUCAAAAUCAUUUGCCCCUGGACGCCAUUUCAUCCCAUUUGCUGCUGGUCCAAGAAAUUGCAUAGGACAAUCUUUUGCCCUGAUGGAAGCCAAGAUUAUAUUAGCCAUGUUAAUAUCAAAAUUCUCCUUCACUAUUUCAGAUAAUUACCGCCAUGCCCCUGUUAUUGUUCUUACAAUAAAACCUAAGUAUGGUGUUCAAAUCUGCUUGAAGUCCUUGAAUCCAUUAAACAUUUCGGUUUGA